AUGCUGCUGUUCUGGGGGUCACUGCUAUGCUGGGGGCUGCUGCCCCAGGCUCAAGGGAAGGCCCAACAUCUGCUCUACCUGCGAAUCAGCAAGAAUCAGCUGGAAACAGACAUUUCAGACCUAUUCUCGGAAAACCACAUCCUGGACCGCAUGGCCAGGAUUCCUGUGACAGGGCCCACCAGUGAAGGUGUCACCAUCCUGGACCACCUGCCCUUCGUAAAAGAAGGCCUCUCCAAGAAGAGCAGUGGGCUUGAUCUGUCCCUGGUCGGGGACCUGCUCUCAGGGAAGAGCCUUCCACUGCUGACGGAGCUGCUCCAGGCUGGCGGGCUGGUCAUAGAAGACGUCAAAGGACCUGAGGUUACCCUGCGUAUCCUGAGCGACAGCCUGCUGCAGGUCACUCUGCGAAGCAAACUGUACCUCUCGCUCCAGGAGGUACUACGGCUCAGAGUCCUCAAGAACAUUCGCAUUGGGGUACGGCUGGAACAGACGGGGAACAAGACCAAGGUGAUGUUAGAGGAGUGCCACACCCCACCGGGAUACCUAAGCAUCAAGGUCCUGGAACAGAUGAACCCCCUCCUCGCAAACGCAGCUCUGGAGUUGGUGACAAGCGUCCUGGAUGAGGCAUUGCCCUUCCUCCUGCAGAAGAUAGUGUGCCCCUUGGCCACGACCCUACUCAACUCACUGCUGGAAGACCUGCUGCAUGUCACUCUGCCCCCAGCCAUCUCAGGGCCGGAAGACUUCCAGUACUGUGUCACCACCACGGAGUUCACAGACGAGGCCAUCCUGAUGAAUGUUCGGCUUGUGACACCCUGCAGCCCCAGCCAGAGACCCCGAAGACCUGCCGGCCUGACCCCCCAACCCCUUCCAAAAUUAGCCCAAGGCAGUAUGGCGGACCUGGCUUUUAGGCUAGAAACCUACAAUGACAUCCUGUCCUGCCUCUACACCAGCAACGAGAUCCGAGUGGACCCCCAGGACUCCAAAGCUGCCAAGCUCAUUCAACUGUUGCCCCCAGGAGAGCAGGAGCCUGGGCCCCGGACUUCUAAGCAGUCCAGAGCAAGUGUGAGAGUGACCCUCAGCGCGCCCGACCCUCCCACUGUCCACAUUGAUGGCCACGCUGCCACCGUCACCCAGCCGGGCUCGCUGGUGCUGCUGGGGCCCGGCAACACCUCCUCUGUCUCCGUUUCCUGGAAUCUCCUUUCGAAAGCCGUGUUUUCAUCGAGAAAUCAGGAGUUAGAACUCCAGUUCACUCCAAACAGCACCACAGUCACCCUGGGCCCUUACCCUGCCGGCCUUGCAAAGCAGGAAAAACGUAUGGAGGCCCUUCUCGUAGAGCUUCUGAACACGCUAUUCUUGCCCUAUCACAACGAGCUGCUCAGAGAACAAAACCUCCCGCUGCCCAACGUCAAGGGCCUCUCCUUUGACCAGGCCCAAGUGGAGACCUCCAAGGGUUAUGUGCUACUGACUAUUCCAGAGGAACAGCCGGUUCUCACUGAAGGCCUGUCCCUCCCCUAA